GAUCCCCAGAUUCCCUUCAAUCUCAGCCCUCCAUUUCCAAAUAUCUCCCAAACCAACGGCCCAGAUCCACCCUCGAAUCACCACCACAAAUCCGCCAUAGACGACGAAUACAAAAUUGCAACAACCCUCAAAACCAAUCAUCUUCUAUUCACCCCCCAAAUUCCACCACCACCGCCGCCGCCGCCGGAAAACAUGGCCGCCACCGCCGCAGUCGCCGCCGCUCAGUCCCCCGUCGCCGCAUUCCGGCCACGGUUCCUUACAGGCUCCGCCGCCGCCGGAAAACUCAACCGGUCAGUCUCGGUCAGACAGGCCGCAGCUCCGUCGCAGUUCAAAGUGGAGGCCAAGAAAGGCGAAUGGCUGCCCGGACUGCCCAGCCCCGCCUACCUCGACGGCAGCCUACCCGGCGACAACGGGUUCGAUCCGUUAGGGCUAGCCGAGGACCCGGAAAAUUUAAAAUGGUAUAUUCAGGCGGAGCUCGUGAACGGCCGAUGGGCGAUGUUGGGAGUCGCCGGAAUGUUGCUGCCGGAAGUUUUCACGUCUCUCGGGAUCAUCAAUGUCCCCAAGUGGUACGACGCCGGGAAAUCCGAGUACUUUGCGUCGUCGUCGACGCUUUUCGUGGUCGAGUUCAUCCUUUUCCACUACGUCGAGAUUCGACGGUGGCAGGACAUCAAGAACCCGGGUUGCGUAAAUCAGGACCCAAUUUUUAAGAACUAUAGCCUACCGCCGCACGAGUGCGGCUACCCCGGCAGCAUUUUUAACCCCCUCAACUUCGAGCCAACGUUGGAGGCGAAGGAGAAGGAGUUGGCUAACGGGAGGCUCGCAAUGUUGGCAUUUCUCGGGUUCGUAGUGCAGCACAACGUGACGGGGAAAGGGCCGUUCGACAACCUGGUUCAGCACGUUUCGGAUCCAUGGCACAACACCAUCAUCAAUUCGAUUCGCGGAUAUUAAUGAUGAUCUAAUCUUAUCUGUUCGGAUCUUCCCAGGAUACAUAUAUAUCUAUAUAUUGUAAUGAUAUAUAUAUACACGUAUAUUGUAUGUAUGUAUGUAUUUUGUGUAAGGAUGGAUGGAUAAUGUUGUGGUGAAUGUGAAGAAUUUGGAUGGAUCGAUCAAUGGAGGGUUUUGUCUGAGAACUGAUAUUGAAACUAGGUUAAGGGUUUGUUCCUUAAAUUUAAGGUUUGUUUUUCUUA